CAAUUGUUGUUUUACGCGUAGUAAUCGGUGUCAGUUUUUGAUUCUGUUGAAAAGGUGACUAUCGAGCAUCUUCUUUCUUAAUCUAAGCGUCGCACAAAACGGAAAAGAAUGAAGGGAUUGAACAAGUUCGGGAAUGAUGAUAAAGCUAAUGCCUCCACUUUUGUGCUUAUCAUUGUCAUUGCCUUGAACUUGAUUGGAGGGGUUGAGGGGAUGCUUCAUCCCCUGAAAUAUGCUGAACCAGAAACUUUGUUCCCUGUCUUGUUCGAAUCAAAACGCGUGCUUGUGGUUCGAAAACCGCAUGGAAUCGGCCAUCACGACGAAUCAUCUUCCUUCGCUGCAUUCGAUAACAAAGAUCAACGUCAUGAAGCCUUGAGCACACCAGGAGUUCUGCGACUACUGAGAAGCGAAAGGCAGCGCCAAAGAGAUGAAGAAGGAGAACGAUUGUACGGCGUCCAUCGUCUCGACAAGGUGACGUCGGGGAUUCUGGUGUUGGCCAAGGAUACUUUGACGGCAUCCACACUAUCUGAAUACUUCACNUCCCUAACAAAAGACAGGAACAGCAACAAUCGUGAGGGUGUUGCUGUUGCUUUCCGGCACGGAGGUCGGAAAACAACAGCAAUCGUGACCGGAAAGCACUGGGGCUUCCGGUCCUUGAGAACUGGGGAUGGAUCCAGCUGAGGGACUCAGCUGGAGGAACUGGGGACGGUGUUAUUGCUUUCUGGCAUGGAUUCCGGAAACAACGACAACAACGUCGUGACCGGAAUCUUCUUCCGGUCCGUAAAAUACUGGAACGGCACGGAGUUACUGGGGAAUCUUCUUUGAAACUGAGUAUAUAGCAUAUACUC